UUCAGGGUUGGGCCCAACCUUGAUCUCUUUGACCGGGUGAGGCCCGUGUAUCUUUGGAAAUCGUGACCUCGUUGAGCCAGGCACUCCGAAGUUUUGAGCUUGCGCCUCGAGCUCCACGUUCCGCCGUGACGGUCCGUCCCGAGGGUCCCUGGGGUCCCUAGGGUCCCUGGGGUCCCUGGGGUCCCUGGGUCCCUGGGCACGCGUGCGUCCGCUGCAGGACCUGCUCCUGGCGCGGCGGCAGCUGCAAUUUGCUCUGGAGGAGCAAGAGACGGCCCAGGCGCAGGUCGCGACAGCCCAGGAGCAGGUCGCGACAGCCCAGGAGCAGGAAGCAAUGGCGGUGAGGCUUCUCGCUCGGGCGGAGGAAUCGGGCGAUGCGAAAAAGGUGCAGGCGGCGGAGAGGAAGGUGCAGGCGGCGGAGAGGAAGGUGGAGAGGGCGGAGAGGAAGGUGGAGAAGGCGAAGAAGGAGGUGGAGAAGGCGGAAAGGAAGGUGGAGAGGGCGAAGAAGGAGGUCAAGGAGGCGAAGGCAAGCGGCCGGACGAAGGAGUCCGAGGCAAGCGGGAUCAAGGACGACUCAGAUGCCACGGCGUUCAUCCAGGAGCUGGUCAACGCCAAGCCCAAGGACCUCGGCGAAGGCGUGCAGGUCUUCGACCUCAAGGAGUGCCUGCCCGCCAGGCCCUACGACUUGAGCGGGAGGAAGCUGCUGACGCGGAACACGACGCGCCAGGCCUGGAAGGCCACCUUCGAGCUGAUGAAGGACGGCACGGAGCGCGUGGCCAUGCUGGGGAUCCCCGGCAUCGGCAAGAGCCGGUCCCUGGCGCUCGGCCUGUGGCACCUGGUGUCGGGCCACCGCCCGGACUGGAUCAAGGAGCCCGAGGCCAUCGUCUUCGAGGCCCGGGAGGGCGGCUUCGUUUUCGUCUUCACCAACAAGGACGGCUGGAAAGGGCAGAGCCUGCCGAUUGGCAAGUGGGAUGCAAGCGACUGCGAGCACCUGCGGAACAGUGACAACUGGUAUUUGGUGGAUACCUACGGCAAGGCGACCACAUAUAAGCUGCCUGCCAAGACUGUCAAGGCCUGCAGCCCCGACAGGGAGCACUACACAGAUUUUGUGAAGAGCGGCGGGGCUUGUGUGUACGUAGAAGCAUGGAAGAAGGCUGAGCUGGAACUGGCCUAUGUGCAUUUUGCACAGCCUCCGGUCGACAAGGACACGGUGUUGCGCAGGUUUCAAGAUGUUGGAGGCAACCUGCGUGCCCUGUUGGACGACGAUGGAAGCUUCCAGAAGUACCUUCAGGAUCAAGAAGUUCAAGCUGCCGAUUGGAAGGGCUUGCAGCCUGCUUUUGGCCAUGUUCUGUUGACGAAGCUCUUCACGUACGUCACCGUGGACGGCAAAAUUGGCACGGCCCAAGUUAUCUCCCCCAAGGCCGCAGAAGUGAUAGCAGAUAAGCACUAUGACAAGCUUGCUGACCUCUGGACCAAGAACGAUCCACGUUCCAGGUGCUGGUUUAAAGACUUCCUUGGACCCCUCCUGACCUGCUCGUGGUUUCCGAAGAAGUUUGACGCCUACCACAUCACUGACAAGAAUUCGAUAGGCAAAGCCAACUGGGAACGGACUCCGUGCGACUCUUUGGUGAUUGACGCGGGUUUGCAGCUGCUGAGGUGCGACACUAAGGACAUAUUCGAGCGAAAAUGGAGCCAGGCCGUGAAGAACGGCAGCCUUGAGAAAUGCCUUCUGCAAAGCCCGGAACAGUACUUAGGCGUCGAUUACUUGCUAGGCUUGAAUCAUGGCAUCUCCACGACAACUGGUCCCAAGCACAGCAUCGCAAAGAGCUUUCUAGAAAAGCUGCGGGACAUUUUCCAACACUGCAAGGGACAGUACAGUUUCACUCUCUCUUUUUUCACUACGGGAGACCCCACAAAGUUCGCCCCGGAGUCAGGACAGGAGUUCAGAGCCUUCAUGGAGAUGGCGCGGGGGCCAAACAAAGUGUUUAAGAAUGUGCAUGUACAGGUGGUGCAGGUUCCGAAGACGCGAAACAGCAUGGAGAAAGUUUAA